AUGUUCUUGGAGAUCUUCUUCUGGUCCACAGUUGGAACAUCGGCUCCUGGGUGUCUUCUUAGUGGGAAAAAAUGCGUGUUUGAGUAUAAAUAUUACCAGAAAGGAGACAUCAUCAUUGGAGGAGUUUUUACUGUAAAUACCGAUUUAAGGGAACUGGUUAAUCGUGAUGGGACACCUGGACCUGAACUAAUGCUGUGUACAUAUAUAGACCUCACACAAUACAAGAAUCUCCUGGCUUUCACCUUUGCCGUUGAUGAGAUUAACCGAGAUCCGGAUCUUUUACCCGAUAUCACCCUGGGUUACCACGCGUACGAUUCUUGCGGAAGCGCACAAAAAGCCAUAAAAGACGUCAUCCAAAUAUUGUCUGGAACUGAGUGGGAAAUUCCGAAUUAUUCCUGCCCGGGACGGGGUAACAUUGCCGGGUUUAUUGGGGAUCGACAAUCUCUCACGACGCUCCCCAUGGCACAAAUCCUGAGUGUGUACGGAUACCCCCAGAUAAGCUACGGGACAUCUGAUCCACAGCUCAGUGACAGAGUAUCUUAUCCUUACUUCUUCCGAACUCUUCAAGAUGAGCAGACUCGUUACGAAGGCAUCUUAAUCUUCUUGGAACAUUUUGAUUGGAAUUGGGUUGGAAUAAUCACCUCAGGUGAUGAGCGUGGAGAGAGGGAGCUCAGUGAGUUGAGUCGCGUGAUCACCAGGAGUGGGAUCUGCAUUGAGUUUAUCAUUACAAUGUCAGAUUUCUUUGCAAAUGAUCUAAAGGAUUUUGCUAUUAUCAAGAAAGCAAGGAGCCAAGUUGUUCCAAAGGCUCGAUGUAAUGACUAUUGUCCUCCGGGAUCCAGAAAAGCCCCUGGUAGAGGGUAUCGCACUUGCUGCUACCGCUGUGUUCCAUGUUCAGAGGGGGAAGUGUCCAAUAAGAUUGACAGUGACAUCUGCCAGAAAUGCCCUGAUAACGAAUGUCCAGACCAGAAAAAAAUAAAGUGCGUUCCGAAGAAUUAUGAAUUUCUGUCGUACAAAGAGGAUAUUAUGGCUCUGGUCUUUUCAGUUCUUUCUGUAACAUUUUCAUUAAUGACAAUUUUUGUACUGGGAAUAUUUAUUUAUUUUCGGGACACCCCCAUUGUCAGAGCCAAUAAUCGGAACCUCAGCUUCAUCCUCCUGGUGUCCCUCAUGCUGAGCUUCCUCUGUGUGUUUCUGUUCGUCGGUCGUCCUGUGGAUAUCACCUGCAGGCUGCGCCAAACUGCUUUUGGAGUCCUCUUCUCAUUAGCCGUGUCAACUCUGUUGGCCAAAACCAUCAUGGUUUGUAUCGCUUUCAAAGCUACCAAACCUGGCAGCUUCUGGAGAAAAUGGUUUGGGAUCAAAGUGUCUAAUUCUGUUGUCCUAAUAUGUUCCUUUGUCCAGAUUUUAAUUAAUAGCAUCUGGUUGUCAAUUUCUCCUCCUUUUAAUGAGCUGGACAUGCACACGUCACCAGUUAAGAUCAUUGUUCAGUGUAAUGAGGGUUCGGUUAUCGCCUUCUACUGUGUCCUGGGUUAUAUGGGGCUUCUGGCAGCUGUUAGUUUUAUUAUAGCUUUUUUAGCCCGGACAUUACCGGACAGUUUUAAUGAGGCCAAGUACAUCACCUUCAGCAUGCUGGUGUUCUGCAGCGUUUGGAUUGCGAUGAUCCCGGCCUAUCUCAGCACCAAAGGGAAGAACAUGGUGGCCGUGGAGAUUUUUGCCAUUCUGGCUUCGAGCGCUGGGAUAUUGGGCUGUAUAUUUUUCCCCAAGUGUUACAUAUUGUUAAUGAAGCCAGAAAUGAACACUAAAACACAUCUGUUAGAGAUAAAGAGUAAGCAUACGGUAAAUCUUACUUUUCUUGUUAAAGGAAGUCAACCUUAG